GCCCUGUGAGGGAAGGAAGGAGGUCUUCCCACUUUGAACCUAGUCCUGGACACUCCACACGCUUCCCUUCAGAGAACUGGGUGGAGGGACAAGGCUGGUCCAGGGAGGAGGAGGAAUCUGGGGGCUAAAGCUGGCCACUGGGACUCUAUAUCUGGAGCCUAGUAACCAGCUUAGCUCCUCACAUGGCAGGAAGAUUAGGAGUGCAGGGUCUUAGGACUCCUCUUUUCCUUGAUGGACGACAGCAGCUGGAGGGAAGUGUUCUGAGGGGCUUUGGAGCUAGAGACUGAUGCCCAGGUUUGCUCUGAAGGGCAUGAGUCACCCAGGGCCACCGGGGGAAUUAAUGGAAAGCCUCCUUUGCCAAGUGAUUUUAUUUAAACCCAUGGUCCUCCAACUGGGACCUGGACUCUCAGGGGAUGAGAGGAAUGUUCUGACCAAGUUCUGGAGAAGGAUGCUGGGGUCCUCUGGGGUGUAUCAUGCUCAGGUGCCUUUUUCAUCCCCUACCUCAUCUUCCUCUUUACCUGUGGCAUUCCUGUCUUCCUCUUGGAGACAGCACUGGGCCAGUACACUAGCCAGGGAGGCAUCACAGCCUGGAGGAAGAUUUGCCCCAUCUUUGAGGGCAUCGGCUAUGCCUCCCAGAUGAUUGUCAUCCUCCUCAACAUCUACUACAUCAUUGUCCUGGCCUGGGCCCUCUUCUACCUCUUUAGCAGCUUCACCAUCGACCUUCCCUGGGGAAGCUGCCACCAUGAGUGGAACACAGACUCCUGUGUAGAGUUCCAGAGGACCAAUGGCUCCCUGAAUGUGACCUCUGAGAAUGCCACGUCUCCUGUCAUCGAGUUCUGGGAGAGGCGGGUCCUGAAGAUCUCUGAUGGCAUCCAACACCUGGGGGCCCUGCGUUGGGAGCUGGCCUUAUGCCUCCUGCUCGCCUGGGUCAUCUGCUACUUCUGCAUCUGGAAGGGGGUCAAGUCCACGGGCAAGGUGGUGUACUUCACAGCCACAUUCCCUUACCUCAUGCUGGUGGUCCUGUUAAUUCGAGGGGUGACGCUGCCUGGGGCAGCCCAAGGAAUUCAGUUUUACCUGUACCCAAACCUCACGCGUCUGUGGGAUCCCCAGGUAUGGAUGGACGCAGGCACCCAGAUUUUCUUCUCCUUCGCCAUCUGUCUAGGGUGCCUGACAGCCCUGGGCAGCUACAACAAGUACCACAACAACUGCUACAGGGACUGCAUCGCCCUCUGCUUCCUCAACAGCGGCACCAGCUUUGUGGCCGGAUUUGCCAUCUUCUCUGUCCUGGGCUUCAUGUCUCAGGAGCAAGGGGUGCCCAUCUCUGAGGUGGCCGAGUCUGGCCCUGGCCUGGCUUUCAUCGCCUACCCCCGGGCUGUGGCGAUGCUGCCCUUCUCUCCUCUCUGGGCUUGCUGCUUCUUCUUCAUGGUCGUCCUCCUGGGACUGGACAGCCAGUUUGUGUGCGUAGAAAGCCUGGUGACGGCGCUGGUGGACAUGUACCCCCGUGUAUUCCGCAAGAAGAACCGGAGGGAGCUUCUCAUUCUCAGCGUGUCUGUCGUCUCCUUCUUUGUUGGGCUGGUCAUGCUCACAGAGGGCGGUAUGUAUGUGUUUCAGCUCUUUGACUACUACGCAGCCAGUGGCAUGUGUCUCCUGUUUGUGGCCAUCUUUGAGUCCCUCUGCGUGGCUUGGGUCUAUGGAGCCGGGCGCUUCUACGACAACAUUGAAGAUAUGAUUGGGUACAGGCCAUGGCCUCUUAUCAAAUAUUGUUGGCUUUUCCUCACACCAGCCGUAUGCACAGCCACCUUCCUCUUCUCCCUGAUCAAGUACACGCCGCUGACCUACAACAAGAAGUACAUGUACCCGUGGUGGGGUGACGCCCUGGGCUGGCUCCUGGCUCUGUCCUCCAUGGUCUGCAUUCCUGCCUGGGGCUUCUACAAGCUCAGCACCCUCAAGGGCUCCUUCAGAGAGAGAAUUCGCCAGCUCCUGUGCCCAGCUGAGGACCUGCCUGGAUGGAACCGAGCAGAACCCUCUGCCCCCGCCACACCCAGGACAUCACUGCUCAUACUCACAGAAGUGGAGUCCCACUGCUAGGUCCGCAGGGCCUCGGAUUGUGCCCGUGGGCCUGGCUGUGGGGACAGCUGCAGAAGGGGAGGGCAGAAGCAGCCCCGCUGUGCUCUGCCUCCUCCCGGGGCAGAUGAGAAGGAGGGUUUGGAAUCCACCUUGGGUUGGGCGCCUGCCACUGGAACGUCUCUGCUCCAGGGGUGGCUGUACAGGUGUGAGAUGCUGGUAUCGAGGGCACCCCUUUCGCAACAGGCCUUGGGAAGCCGGAUGAGGGCCGGUGGGUGGAGUGACAGCCCCGUCCCUCUUACCCUUCAUUCCAUUAAAUCCAUGCUCUUCCCACCAAC